AAAUAUAGGAGACUUGUUAACGUAUUGCGUAUUUUCCACAGGUCUAGACAAGAAGCUGGAAGAUCCAAGGUUCAAGGACACUGGGAUACUUUACCAAAUCACCACUUGUCUGUGGCUGCUGCGUACAGUGGCUAUGAACUGUACCUGCCCGAGUUGGCGCCUGUAAGGUCAUAUCGACUGAAGCCUUCCUUUGGCCGACCUAUAAGAUCUAGUCAUUUUAAACGUAAAUUAAGGUAUUUCGUAUACAGUCCUUUAGUUUUUGGUCGACAAGUGCACUAUCAACCAGUGGCCAUAGUGCCAACGUCUUCGCAUCUUCUGGAAAGUGUCCCUUCUGCCCAAGUCAUCGCCGCUUGGCCGAUGAAUAUGGGGCAGAAGGCAUCGGUUGGUGUCAAAACAAUUACCAGAGAUUCUUCUGGUGCGUCUCACUACAGACCUCACACUCGGGAAUUGGCUGUAAACCAAGACAUACAAAGACCUGCCAGAUUGGAUAUGCUUUUGGACAUGCCUCCGGUUAGCCAUGAGCAGCAAAUAAAGCACGCUUGGAAUUCAGAAGAUCGAUCCAUCAAUAUAUUUGUGAAAGAUGAAGAUAAGUUAACUUUCCACCGACACCCAGUGGCCCAAAGCACUGACUGCAUUCGUGGCAAAGUGGGCUACACUCGGGGCAUCCACGUAUGGGAAAUUCACUGGAGUACUCGACAGAGGGGAACUCAUGCUGUUGUGGGGGUGGCUACGCGUGAGGCGUCCCUUCACUGUGUGGGUUACCAAUCACUUGUGGGGAGUAACCCAGAGUCGUGGGGCUGGGAUUUGGGGCGGAACAAGCUGUAUCAUGAUAUGAAGAACAAUUCGGGAAUUACCUACCCGUGUCUGUUGAAACGUGACGAGACAUUCGUGGUUCCAGACUCUUUCCUAGUAGUUUUAGACAUGGACGAGGGCACGUUGUCGUUUGUAGUGGAUGGUCAGUACUUAGGUGUGGCCUUUCGUGGACUGAAAGGAAAGAAACUUUAUCCCGUUGUCAGUGCAGUUUGGGGACAUUGUGAGAUCACCAUGAAAUACAUUGGCGGCUUAGAUCGUAAGCAUAUUUUCAUUUAUUUAUUGAAUAGUUGA